UGGGUGGGGGUUGCUCUGGGAAGGGCACAGAACAAGGACAGCUUGUUUCUCCUCACCCAGACGGUGAUCAUCGGCUCCUACCUGAUUGCACACGGUUUCUUCAGCGUCUAUGGCAUGUGUGUGGACACGCUGUUCCUCUGCUUCUGUGAGGACCUGGAAAGGAAUGACGGCUCUCAGGAGCGACCCUACUUCAUGUCGCCCGAGCUGAGAGACAUCCUGUUGAAGGGGAGUGCGGAGGAGGGGAAGCGGGCAGAAGAUGAGGAGUAGACAGGGAGGGAGGCUGGCGUGGGGGCCAGGUUUCUUCCGUGUAGAUUGGGGGUGCAUGAAGCGGGAGGCUUCCUGGCCUGGGAUUGUGGGGAUCCUGUGUGUCCCUCGGAGCCCAUCACAGUCCGCCCUUCUCUGGUCCCAGUGUGUCUGCUUUCUAACCCUCUGAGGCUUCUCUGUGACCCUCGUCCACCCUCCCUGUCCCCGGUGGCCCCUGCCUGUGAGCUCCCCUCAUGCCUCCUGCUCUGGGACCUCUCUCCACAGUGGAGGACCUGGAGAGGAAUGAUGGCUCGGCCGAGAGGCCUUACUUCAUGUCUUCCACCCUCAAGAAACUCUUGAACAAGACCAACAAGAAGGUAGCGGAGUCCUGAAGGCCCCGUGCUCCCCACUUCUCGUGGAGCCUCAUGCCGCAGGGUGCUCAGUAGCAGGGUGUGUUCCCCCGACCCCUUGGGCUCACCCAAAGUCCUAUCACUGCCGCUCUGCCCAUCCCCAUGAGCCAGAUCCCACCAGUUUCUGGACAUGGAGAGUCUGGGGUAUCUCCUUCUUAUGCCAAGGGGCGCUUGGAGUUUUCACAGCUGCCCCUCAAGACUGCGAGAAAUGAGUUCAAAUCCAGUGGGGCCUCUUGAUGUCCGGGAUGUUGUCCGACCACCGCAAGCUCCCUCGUACUUCCGGUUCCCACUGACAUGACAACGGGCCAGACCACAAGGAUAGUGUUUGUGUCUGAGGGAGCUGCUGGCCACAGUGAACACCCACGUUUAUUCCUGCCUGCUCCAGCCAGGACUGACCCCCUUCUCCACACCUGAACAGUUGGCGUAAGAGCCACCAGAAGCAUUUCUUUAUUAUUUUUUAACCUGGACGUGCAUUAAAGGGUCUAUUAGCUUUUUUUUUUCCAUCUGUCUCAACAGCUGAGAUGGGGCCGCCAAGGAGUGCCUUUCUUUUGCUCCCUCCUAGCUGGGAGUGGCUGGGGUGGGAGUGUGUGUGCCCAGGUGGGGGUGUCUCCUGGCUGGGAAGGAGGGAGAGGGAGGGACAUUUUUACGGAGGUGGUUGGCAGUGGGGAGGAGGUGGUUGGCAGUGGGGAGCGGGCUGGAGAGGAGAUCACUAAUAGCUGUUUAAUGGAAACCUGCUGGGCUGGAUGGAGUUAGGCUGAAUUUCCCGACUUCCUCUGCCAGUUAUUGACACAGCUCUCUUUGUAAGAGAGGAAAGAAACAACCACCCAAGGGAUGAUUUCAGGGGGAAAGGUGGAGGGCAGAUGCCCGGGGCAAACCGGGCCCCUCUGCCCACGCACCUCACUUGAUGAUACUUUUGCCAAACUUGUUGAACUUGGGGGACCUGGCUUCCCAGUGGCCCCUUUGCCAUAUUCCAAAGCCCCCUCAGACUUAACAUCUCUGCUCAUCAGCACUGUCCCAGGAUCCUGGAGAGGGAGAACCCCGGCCCCAGGAGGAAGGGGGGCGGUCUCCCAUUUCCUGUACCUGCGCCAGCCCUGCCCCCACUGCGUCUGCACAACCCUGCGUGUAACUGCAUUCCAACCACUAAUAAAGUGCCUAUUGUACAGGUC